CACAAACCUCCUGACAGUUCCUUGAAGAUGGAGCUGGCCUGGCAUUUAGUCCUUAUUGUACUUUUACGUUUUUCUUGCUGGGGUUUAGACUGGGACUCUGAUAAAAAUUUCAUCUCAGCUGCUGGUCCUCUAACCAACAACUUGUUACACAACCUGAGGGAUCCCCUGGGAAACCAGGAUUCACCCUUUGUAGCAGAAGAUGAAGAAAUUUAUGUUUGUCGCCAGCCACUGCCUGCAUUCCUGCCAGAGUACUUUAGGAGUGUCCGUGCCAGUAUGAUCACCCAUUACAAAGUAUUUCUGCCAUGGGCACAACUUCUACCAGAAGGAAUCUCGGAGAACCCAGACAAGGAAACAGUGCUGUGCUAUCGGCAACUGCUUGAGGCCCUCAAGACUGCUCAACUUCAGCCCCUGGUUGUUCUACACCACCAGACCCUCCCUGCCAGCACUCUCCAGAGAAGUGAGGCCUUUGCCGAUCUGUUUGCUGCCUAUGCCUCCUUCGCCUUCCACUCCUUUGGGGACCUAGUUGAGAUCUGGUUCACUUUUAGUGACUUGGAGAAAGUGAUCACGAAGCUUCCCCACCAGGAAUCAAGAUCUUCACGUCUGCAGAUCCUCACUGAUGCCCACAGAAAAGCCUAUGAGAUUUACCAUGAAAAAUAUGCUUCUCAAGGUGGAAAACUCUCUGUGGUCCUGCAAGCUGAGACGGUCUCCAAGCUCCUGCUAGAACCAUCUACAUCUGCGCUUGUCAAGGAUGCAGUUGACUUCGUCUCUCUUGAUUUAUCUGAUGAAUGCCACAAUGAGGCAGAUUUACCACUCAAGUUGAGUGAACUGCAGACCACUGAACCAAAAGUGAAACUUUUCAUCUUCAGUCUGAAACUCCAGAACUGCCUCUCCACCAGGAACAACAUAGCCCAUCUGCUCUUCAGCCUUCUCAAAGCCGUAAAUGAAGACCAAGUGCUCAUCAUUGGGUUUGAUAUUAGUACAUUCCUGAGCUGUUCAUCAAGUUCCAAGAAAAGCUGGUCUUGUUCUCUGAGUGACAGCCUGACCCUCCAGACUGCCCUGCAGCUGGGCCCGGACACAGCAGUAGAUGCCUGGCCACCCCGCUCAGCCUAUCAGAGAGUCUGGGAAGCGUUUUCCAACCAGUCCACGGCAGAAAGGGAUGCUUUCCUGCAGGAUGUUUUUCCUGAAGGCUUCCUCUGGGGUGUCUCCACGGGAGCUUUUAAAGUGGAAGGAGGCUGGGCCGAGGAUGGGAGAGGGCCGAGCAUCUGGGACAGAGUCGGGCCCCAGAACACCGCCAAGGACCAGGCAACGCCAGAGGUGGCCAGCGACAGUUACCACAAGGUAGACACUGACGUCGCCCUGCUCCGUGGCCUCCAGGCCCAGGUCUACAAGUUCUCCAUCUCCUGGUCCCGCAUCUUCCCCACUGGGCAGGGGCAUAACCCAAACCCCCGGGGCGUUGCCUACUACAACAAGCUGAUUGACAGCCUGCUGGACUCACACAUCGAGCCCAUGGCCACACUCUUCCACUGGGACCUGCCUCAGGCGCUGCAGGAUCGCGGCGGGUGGCAGAAUGAGGACGUGGUGGAUGCCUUCCUGGACUACGCGGCCUUCUGCUUCUCCACGUUUGGGGACCGUGUGAAGCUGUGGGUGACCUUCCACGAGCCAUGGGUGAUGAGCUACGCAGGCUACAGCACCGGCCAACACGCACCAGGCAUCUCCGACCCAGGGGUGGCCUCUUUUAAGGUGGCUCACAUGGUCCUCAAGGCGCAUGCCAGGGCUUGGCACCACUACAACAGCCACCACCGCCCACAGCAGCAGGGCCGUGUGGGCAUCGUGCUGAACUCGGACUGGGCAGAGCCCCUGUCCCCAGAGAGGCCCGAGGACCUGAGAGCCGCCGAACGCUUCCUGCACUUCAUGCUGGGCUGGUUUGCACACCCCAUCUUCGUGGAUGGAGACUACCCGGCUGCCCUGAGGGCCCAGAUCCAACAGAUGAACGAGCAGUGCCCCAGUCCUGUGGCCCAGCUCCCUGAGUUCACCGAGGCAGAGAAACAGCUCUUAAAAGGCUCUGCUGAUUUUCUGGGUCUAUCCCAUUACACUUCCCGCCUCAUCAGCAAGGCCCAAGGAGAUACCUGCAUCCCCAGCUAUGAUACCAUCGGCGGCUUCUCCCAGCAUGUGGACCCCACGUGGCCCCAGACAGCAUCCUCUUGGAUUCGCAUUGUGCCCUGGGGCAUAAGGAGGCUGUUGAAUUUUGUAUCCUUGGAAUACACAAAAGGCAAAGUUCCAAUCUACCUAGCUGGGAACGGCAUGCCCAUAGGGGAGAGUGAAGACCUCAUCGAUGAUUCCCUGAGAGUUGACUACUUCAACCAGUAUAUCAAUGAGGUGCUCAAGGCUGUCAAAGAAGACUCGGUGGUUGUUCAGUCUUACAUCGCUCGCUCCUUCAUUGAUGGCUUUGAAGGCCCUUCUGGGUAUAGCCAGAGGUUUGGGCUGUACUACGUCAACUUUGAUGACAGCAGCAGGCCAAGGACUGCCAGGAAAUCUGCCUACUUUUUCACCAGCGUGAUCGAAAAAAACGGUUUCCUCAACAAGGUAGUAAAAAGACUGUCACCACCCAGUAUAGCAAAUGUCCCCCAGAAAAUCAGAGCCUUCACUUUUCCAUCUGAGGUGCCCUCUAAGGCAAAAGUGGUCUGGGAGAAGUUCUCCAACCAACCCAAGUUUGAGAGAGAUCUGUUCUACCAUGGCACAUUCCGGGAUGACUUUCUGUGGGGCGUGUCCUCGUCAGCCUAUCAGAUUGAAGGAGCUUGGGAUGCUGACGGCAAAGGCCCCAGCAUCUGGGACAACUUUACCCACACACCAGGGAGCAACGUGAAAGACAAUGCCACUGGAGACGUGGCCUGUGACAGCUAUAACCACCUGGAUGCUGAUAUGAACAUGCUCCAAGCUUUGAAAGUGAAGGCUUAUCGCUUCUCCAUCUCCUGGUCUCGGAUUUUCCCAACUGGGAGAAACACUUCUGUCAACACACAUGGUGUUGAUUAUUACAACAAGCUGAUCAAUGGCUUGGUGAAAAACAACAUCUCUCCCAUGGUGACCCUGUUCCACUGGGACCUGCCCCAGGCCCUGCAGGAUAUUGGAGGCUGGGAGAAUCCUUCCCUGAUUGACUUGUUCAACAGCUAUGCAGACUUCUGCUUCCAGACCUUUGGUGACAGAGUCAAGUUCUGGAUGACUUUUAAUGAGCCCACGUACCAGGCCUGGUUGGGGUAUGGCUCAGGGGAAUUUCCCCCAAAUGUGAAUGACCCAGGCUGGGGACCUUACAGGAUUGGCCACGCAAUCAUCAAAGCUCAUGCCAGAGUCUAUCACACGUAUGAUGAGAAGUACAGGCAAGAGCAGAAGGGGGUCAUCUCCUUGAGCCUCAGUUCCCACUGGGCAGAGCCCCAGUCGCUGGUCCCCAGGGACGUGGAGGCAGCUGACCGAAUGCUGCAAUUCUCCUUGGGUUGGUUUGCCCACCCCAUCUUCCGAAACGGAGACUACCCAGAUGCCAUGAAGUGGAAGGUGGGGAACAGGAGUGAACUGCAACACCUGGCCACCUCCCGCCUGCCCAGCUUCACGGAGGAAGAGAAGCAGUACAUCGCAGCUACCGCCGAUGUGUUCUGCCUCAACACUUACUCCUCCAGGAUCGUGCAACACACGACACCCAGGUUAGACCCACCCUCCUACACGAGUGACCAGGAGCUGCUGGAGAGGGAGGACACUUCCUGGCCUGCCACAGCCAUGAACAGGGCUGCCGCCUGGGGGAUGCGGAGACUGCUCAACUGGGUCAAGGAAGAGUAUGGGGACAUCCCCAUUUAUAUCACUGAGAACGGAGUGGGGCUGACGGACUCCAAACUGGAAGAUACCGACAGGAUAUUUUACCACAAAACCUAUAUCAAUGAAGCUCUGAAAGCCUACAGACUUGAUGGCGUCAACCUUCGCGGAUAUGCUGCCUGGUCCCUGAUGGACAACUUUGAGUGGCUGGAAGGCUACACGGUCAAGUUUGGACUGUACCAUGUUGAUUUCGAUGACAUGAACAGGCCUCGCACAGCAAGAGCCUCAGCCAGUUACUACACAGAGGUCAUCGCCAACAAUGGCAUGCCACUGUCCAAGGACGAUGAGUUCCUAUACGGACAGUUCCCCAAGGACUUCAUCUGGAGUGCAGCGACCGCCUCAUAUCAGAUCGAAGGUGCAUGGAGAGCAGAUGGCAAAGGACUCAGUAUUUGGGACACAUUUUCUCACACACCCCUGAGGGUUGAGAACAAUGACACGGGAGACGUGGCCUGUGACAGUUACCACAAGAUUGCCGAGGACCUGGUCGCCCUGCAGACCCUGGGCGUGACCCACUAUCGCUUUUCCAUCUCUUGGACUCGCAUCCUCCCUGACGGGACCAACAAGUACAUCAAUGAAGCGGGCCUGAACUAUUACGUGUGGCUCAUCGACACGCUGCUGGCCGCCAACAUCCAACCCCAGGUGACCAUUUACCACUGGGACCUGCCCCAGGCACUCCAGGAUGCUGGGGGCUGGGAGAAUGAGACGAUCGUACAGCGGUUUAAGGAGUAUGCAGACGUGCUGUUCCAGAGGCUGGGGGACAAGGUGAAGUUUUGGAUCACACUGAACGAGCCCUAUGUCGUUGCUAACCAGGGCUACGGCUACGGGACGGCAGCUCCAGGAAUCUCCUUUAGGCCUGGCACUGCCCCCUACAUUGUUGGCCACAACCUAAUAAAGGCUCAUGCUGAGGUCUGGCAUCUGUACAAUGAUGUGUACCGUGCCCGUCAAGGUGGCAUCAUUUCCAUCACCAUCAGCAGCGACUGGGCUGAGCCUAGAGACCCCUCCAACCAGGAGGAUGUGGAGGCAGCCAAGAGAUACGUUCAGUUCAUGGGAGGCUGGUUCGCACAUCCGAUAUUCAAGAAUGGGGAUUACCCUGAGGUGAUGAAGACGCGGAUCCGUGACAGGAGCUUAGCGGAAGGCCUCAACAAGUCACGGCUCCCUGAGUUCACGGAGAGUGAGAGGAGGAGGAUCAACGGCACCUACGACUUUUUUGGGUUCAAUCACUACACCACUGUCCUGGCCUACAAUCUCAACUAUGACUCUUGGAUCUCUUCCUUCGAUGCAGACAGGGGAGUGGCCUCCAUCACAGACCGCUCCUGGCCAGACUCUGGCUCCUUCUGGCUGAAGAUGACCCCUUUUGGCUUCAGGAGGAUCCUGAACUGGUUGAAGGAGGAGUACAACAACCCCCCAAUCUAUGUCACAGAGAAUGGAGUGUCCCAUCGGGGAGAAGCAUACCUCAACGACACUGCAAGGAUCUACUACCUCCGCAGUUACAUCAAUGAGGCACUCAAAGCUAUGCAGGAUAAGGUGGACCUUCGAGGAUACACAGUUUGGACUCUAAUGGACAACUUCGAGUGGGCCACCGGCUUCUCAGAUAAGUUUGGUUUGCAUUUUGUGAACUAUACUGACCCUGCUCUGCCAAGGAUCCCCAGAGAGUCAGCCAAGGUCUACGCCUCCAUAAUCCGGUGCAGUGGCUUCCCUGACCCUGCUGCAGGGCCACACCCUUGUCUUCAGCAAGAAGAUGCUGAGCCCACCGCCAGCCCCGUGAGACAGAACAUUCAGUUCCUGGGCCUCAGGCUGGGUACAACAGAGGCCCAGAGAGCGCUUAAUGUACUCUUUGCUCUCAUGCUCUUUGGAUUCUGUGGUGUUGCACUUCUGUCCUACAAGUACUAUAAGAGCUCCAAGCAAAAGCGCUCCAAGCAAAAGCACACACAACCAGGCGAAGAGCAACUGAGCCACAGUUCUUCAUUCUGACCCAGAAGACCACCUCCUCCAGUUCUGUAAAAUAUGCCUAGUUUCUUUGCAAGUCUUUGCCACCCCCAGCACCACUGAGGAUCUAAUACUCUGUCUAUGACAGACUUUGUAAAAGUCUCUGCACUCUUAGACACUAAUUGUGAAGGAUUUCAAGUCCCUGAUUAAAAUGGAAGCAUCCCCACCUUGCCCCAGUAUCAGGAAUUCAUCUGGGCAUUAGAAGACCCUGAGAGUGGCUCCUGUGGAAAUAUGUAGUUACUGAAUUCAACUUACUAGGUUCUGUGAGUCAUUUAACUGAGCUGUUUUAAUUUUCAGAGAUUUUUAAAGGUGGAAACAUUAGUAAAAACCAUAGCAAUCCUUUUCAUGUAAAGAUUAACCACUAGGUCAUCUCUUGCUUUAAAAUCCCUCCCAACCUCUUACCUUUUGUUUCUCAAAAACUGAAAAAGGUGCUAUUAACGGUGUCCUGUCUCCUACGGGUGCUUCUACUCAGAAGACGGGUUCCACAGAAGUUAUGAACAUCCCCUUUUACAGCCUCACCACAUUAAUCCUCUGCUAUUGGCUUCUGGAGGCCAGAGGACCAGGAUUCAGUGUCUCUGGCAAGCACAUUUUCGGAGACAGGACAGAGGGAAGCACACCCACUAUAUCUGUAUGUUUAUUCACAAAACAUUCAGAGAAGUGGGUGAGUCUAUCACUUCCACUCAAAUGUGCUCAUGAGACAAUCACAGUAUGGAAUACUCAAACUUACGUAACUUAUAUAGUCUUUCUAGAUAUCUAGGUGAUUUUUUAAAUCGUUUUCAAUUGGUUUUUUUUUUUUUUUCAAUUGGUUUUAAAAGGUUGAUCAUGCUCAAGACGUAGAGAAUUCCUACCCGAGUGACCCACUACUGUGGGCCCCAACUGGCAGUCAAGAUUGUGGGGCACCAGCAUUUCCUCCCACCAACAGACAGGAAAAGUUGAUCAGAUGGGUGAAGAUGGUUCUAAAACUGCUAUAAGCUGUCAAUUUUAUGUAAAUUAAUCUUCAAAAGUCAGUAUAACUUUUCUGCAGGGGUAGGGCAGGAAAUGGAAAAUAAUAUAAAGUUGCACACAGAACUCAUUUGUAAAAAGAGUCAGGAUAAAUCGGGGGGUGGGUGGGGGAGAAAAAAAAUAUAAAGCUAGUUAUAGUUUUGAAACAGAGUGAACAGAAAGAUCAACAAAGGAAGACAGAGGCUAGACACAGACCAGCUACAUACCAGGGACAGGCUGCAUGAUAGAGGUGACCUGCCAAAUGGGGGGGGGUUGGCCAUAGAAGGGUGAUGAUGGACCAGUCCAUAAAUGGAGGUGGGUCACAGGUCAGUUCUAAGGAUGUCAGUCACAGGCGGGGGAAGGGAGCCACAUUCCUUACUAGGAUGUAAGAUUUAAAUGUAAAAAAAUGAAACCCAUGAGAAUGUUAGAAACCCCCAAGAGUGCUAGAACAGACAGGUGAGGUUUUUUAAAAUUACUUUUUGAAGUGGGAAAAGUAUUUUGUAUUCAAGACUUAAGACCCGGAGGUCAUAAAUAAAAACACUGAUUAACAGGACCACAUAAAAAUUAUGGCAAGAAAUUACCAUCAACAUACUCAUCACAAGAUGAACAGGGAGAAAAUAUUUAUAGCAUAUGCUAGACAAACAGCUAACUUUCUUAAUAUACAUGAAAUUUGUUGUGAAUCAGUAAGAAAAACAUAAACACAAAAUGAAAACUGGCAAAGAAAACACAGGCAGUUCUAAGAAAAUAACCAAUAGUAUUAAAAGAUGUUCACCUUCAAUUCACAAUCAACACGAUGCAUAUAAAAUGCAUACCAGUUUUCAUCUAUCAUGUGGAUAAAGAUGAAAAAAUGUAAUACAGUGUUGG